CUUACCUGUCUCUUACACCACCAUGAGACUCUCAUUUUCCUUAUUUUUGGCUGGCCUGUUUGCCGGUGCAAGUGCCUCAAACGUUCUUGACCUUGUCCCUGAUAAUUUCGAUGGUGUUAUUGGCCAGGGCAAACCUGGUUUGGUCGAGUUCUUCGCGCCGUGGUGUGGUCAUUGCAAGAACCUUGCACCAAUCUAUGAACAAGUUGCGGACGCGUUCGCUCAUGCCAAGAACAAGGUGGUUGUCGCGAAGGUAGAUGCCGAUGGUGCUGGCCGCCCUCUUGGCCAAAAGUACGGUGUUACCGGGUAUCCCACUCUGAAGUGGUUCGAUGGUGAGGGUAACGCUGAGCCGUAUGAAGGUGGACGCGACUUGGACUCUAUUGUUACCUUCAUUUCGAAGAAUGCUGGUGUCAAGUCCAAUAUCAAACCCCCUCCGCCUCCGGAGACUCUCAUCCUUGACCACCAAAACUUUGAUGAAGUUGCCCUGGACCAGACCAAAGAUGUGUUGGUCACUUUCACUGCUCCCUGGUGUGGACAUUGUAAGAACUUGAAACCCGUCUACGAGCAAGUUGCGAAGGACUUCAAGGCCGAGACUAACUGUGUCGUCGCUAACAUGGACGCCGACGCCCAAGACAAUAAGGAGAUCGCUGCUCGCUACGGAGUUGCUUCCUAUCCGACCAUCAAGUUCUUCCCCCGCGGCUCUCACGAAGUGGUCGACUACGAUGGUGGUCGCUCCGAGCAGGACUUCGUUGACUUCUUGAAUGAGCACUGCAACACCCACCGUGCUGUUGGUGGUGGUUUCAACGACGACGCCGGCCGCGUCCCGGAGCUUGACACCCUUGCCCAGAAGUUCCUGGCCGCUUCUGCUGAUGCUCGCGACGCCAUUGUUAAGGAAACCUCUGAUAUUGUCACCACCUUAGGUGCGGCUGCGAAGCAUUACGUUCGUGUGAUGGAGAAAGUCUCGGCAGACGGCGAGGCCUACAUCGAGAAGGAGACCUCUCGGUUGACCUCCAUCCUGACCAAGCGCAACAUGUCGCCCUCGAAACUCGAUGAGAUCAAGAUCAAAGCAAACAUUCUGAGCGCAUUUGUCGCGAAGAAACUCGAGGAGGCGGAAGAGAAAGUUGAGAACCUGUUUGGAAAGGUCCAUGAGGAGCUUUGAGCAUCGAUAUGACACAAUCACGUCGGACACGAGGCUAUUAGCCUCGAGGCAGAAACUCUCCUGAUGUAUUAGAGAAGCCUCGGAUCUUUUCCCUUGCUUUGAUUUAUACACCCUUUAUUGCCACAACAAAUAAUUCC